ACAAAACUUAGCGCAAUGUACAAGAAAUAUUGUAGUGAUUUAGCCUCACAGUCAGCCGGCUCCAGUGGAAAAAGCAACACACAAGAAAAAAUGUCCGAUUUAGAAGACCUUUGGAAGAAACUUCAGGGUGAAAGCAAAUCACUGCUUAAAAAACAUUUGACGGAAAAGGUCUACAAUGAAACGAAAGGCAGGAAAACUAAGCUCGGUGGAACUUUAGCAGACUGCAUUCGCUCAGGAGCCUUAAACUUGAACUCCGGGGUGGGGCUGUACGCCUGUGACCCUGAGGCCUAUGAGACCUUCAAAGAACUCUUUGACCCCGUUAUCUGUGAUUACCACAAGGUCGACAAGGUCGCCCACCCUAAGUGUGACUUUGGGCCCCAGGACAACCUGGGAUUUGACCCCCUUGACCCCACUGGAGAGUUUAUUGUGUCCACCAGAGUCCGUGUGGGCAGGAGCCACGAUGGCUACCCCUUCCCCCCAGUCUCCACGGAUGAGCAACGCAAAGAUAUGGAAGAGAAGACAAAGGCAGCUCUUGAUAAACUCGAGGGAGAACUGAAGGGAAAAUACUACUCCCUAGAAACCAUGACCCCCGAGGAAAACCAACAGCUCAUCGAUGACCACUUCAUGUUCAAAAACGAUGACAAGAUGUUGGGAGAUGCUGGUGGAUACAACGGCUGGCCCAAGGCCCGAGGUAUCUUCUUCAACGAGAAGAAGACCUUCCUGGUCUGGAUUAAUGAGGAGGAUCAUCUCCGCUUCAUCUCCAUGCAGAAGGGUGGUGAUGUGGGAGAGGUCUACAGGCGUCUAGUAUCGGCCAUUAAAUCACUGGAGAAGAACCUGAAGUUUGCCUACAGUGAUAGACAUGGUUAUCUGACCUUCUGUCCAACCAACCUAGGAACAACACUGCGUGCCAGUGUCCACAUCAAGGUCCCCAAACUCGCAAAGAACGAGGAAGUCCUGAAAAAGAUCUGCGAAGACAACAAACUCCAGCCCAGAGGUAUCCACGGUGAGCACACAGAAAGUGUAGGAGGUGUUUACGACAUUUCAAACAAACGUCGUCUGGGUCUCACUGAAUUCCAGGCUAUGCAGGAAAUGUACAACGGAAUCAAGCAGAUCAUCGAAGCCGAUAUUAUAAUCACCUGGAUGUCUCUCGAAGAACUGUGGAACAAACUGAAAAAUGCAACCGACUGCAAAUCCCUGUUGAAGAAACACUUAACUCCAGAGAUUUACGAGCAGCUCAAAGACAAGAAAACAAAGUUUGGUGGAACACUUCUCCAUUGCAUACAGUCAGGCUGUAAAAACUUGGAUAGCGGCUGUGGAAUUUACGCCAGUGAUCCCGAGGCUUACGAUGUGUUUAAAGAGGUUCUAUUCCCCGUCAUUCAGGACUACCACAAGGUCAGCGAGGUCAAGCACCCACAGCCAGACUUCGGCGAUCUCAACAACCUCGGCUUUGGUGACCUUGACCCCUCAGGAGAGUACAUCGUGUCCACCCGUGUCAGGGUCGGGCGCAGUCACGCCAGUUUUGGAUUUCCCCCAGUGUGCAAUGCUGAGCAACGUAAGGAGAUGGAGAAAAUUUCUGUGGACGCUCUGAAUACUUUGGGAGGGGAACUGAAGGGGAAAUACUACUCCCUAGAAACCAUGACCCCCGAGGAAAACCAACAACUCAUCGAUGACCACUUCAUGUUCAAAAACGAUGACAGGUUCCUGCAGGAUGCCGGGGGAUACAACGAUUGGCCGAUUGGCAGAGGAAUCUUCUUCAAUGACAACAAAACCUUCCUGUGCUGGGUGAAUGAGGAGGACCAUCUCCGUCUGAUCUCGAUGCAGAAGGGCGGGGAUCUGGCAGCCGUGUACAAACGGCUCAUCACAGCUAUCAAGGAAAUGGAGAAAAAGUUGACCUUUGCUCAUCACAAUCAACUUGGCUACCUGACAUUCUGUCCCACAAACUUAGGAACAACCUGUAGAGCCAGCGUCCACAUCAAAAUCCCCAAACUGUCUGCCGAGCCCGACUUCAAAGCCUUCUGCGAGAAACUUAAUCUUCAGCCAAGAGGUAUUCACGGCGAGCACACAGAGAGUGUGGGAGGUGUGUACGAUAUCUCCAACAAGCGCCGCCUGGGACUGAGUGAAAUCGAGGCUAUCCAAGAAAUGAGGCGAGGUGUAGAGGAAAUCAUAAAACGGGAGAAAGAACUGCAGGGAAAGUAAAUAAAUGCCAGAAACCAAAAACAGUGCCGGAAAUUGUUACGAACUGUGAUAAUAUAUAUUUAGUUUCUAAAAAAGAUAAUUUAUUGUAAAUAUUAAGUUAUUAAACUAAAAGUAUGCUCAAAACA